CCGGAAAAAUUACAAAUCAGCUGGUGAGAGCGAGAGAGAGAGAAAGAGCGAGAGCCGGGGCAAGAUGGCAGCCACACCGACUCAAGAUUUACCUCCCAAGGGAGGUUAUGCCCCUAUUAACUUCAUCAGGAUUCCAGCACGGUCCUAUUUUAACGGGUACCAGCUGUUUGCAGGAUUUGGGGCAGUGUCAGCCGUCGCCUUCUACCUCUACUACAAAACCUACAGUAUGGUCAGGCGUGAGGACAUUGAGAUGCGGAGUGGUCUGCUGGCCAUAGAACCCAUGCUGCUGGCCGAGAGAGACAGGGAGUUCCUCAAGCAGAUCAGGAGGAACAGAGAUGAAGAGGCAAAGCUGAUGGCCAACGUGGAGGGGUGGGAGGUGGGCACAUACCGCGGGGAGCCCAUUUACAAGACAGUGUCCAAGGAGCGUUUCUUGGAUCCAGUUAUCAAUGAAUAUUUUGCACACGGACACACCAAAGCAUACUCCGAUAAUGCCUUCUUCUCUCUGUUUACUUAGAGAGAGAGAGAGAGAGGGGGAGAGGAGAAAGGUAGAGAAGGGUAGAGAGAGAGAGAGAGUUUUUUUUUUAUGGGUUUUGGCUAAAUAAGAGAGAGGAAGAGAUAAUUUUUGGUGCGUUUUGGUCAAGAAAUGUGAAAGUUUUGUGUUUUUUUGUUGAGAGAGACAGAGAGAGAGAGAGAGAGAGAGAGAGGUCAGGUUUGGGGUUUGGUUGUUUGUUGGUGUAUAUAUAUUUAGGAAGAAGGAAGAGGAGGAGGAGGAGGAGGAGAGGAAGAGGAGGAGGAGGUGGAGGAUUUUGUGGUGUUUAAAUAAAGAAGCAGAAUAGAA